UCUCUCUCUCUUCUCUUCGCUCUCCCUCUCUUCUCUCUCCACUGCCAGCAGAACUGAUCUCACUCUCCCACGAUAUAAAAAGCAGCAGCAGAGCUGAGUCUCCAAAUGUGAGACCCCAGUCAACAUCUCCACCGUCAGAUCAUGGUUGCUGCCGCCAUCCCAACCACUCCGUCCCAUCACAAAAGACCAUUCCGUCAUCAUCAUCCACACCAUCAAAACCCUCCCACUCCAAACAGAACUCCUCUCCUCCCUUCUGAAAUAGACAAUGGCUUCUCCACCGCUCCUCCUCCUUCUACCAGACCUAAUUCCAAAUUCGCCCCUUCCAGAUACCUUUCAUCUUCCUCCUCUUCCUCUUCUUCUAGAAGAUUCCCAUCUCCUCUCAUCUCCCGUCCCGCCGCUCAGCCGUCCGUCCCGAAACGCUCCUUAUCUGUUGAACGCCGUCGCCCCACCACGCCACUGCCAGAUUCCAAGCACUGCAGCGCUGUUGAAGUCUCGGCCGCCACCAAGGUCCUCCGGACUUCCUCCCGGAGCCUGUCUGUCUCGUUUCAGGGCGAAUCAUUUUCACUUCCGAUCAGCAAGGUGAAGCCGGCCCCUGCACUGACGCCUCUUCCGCAGCCUAAUUCGAGGAAGUCCACGCCCGAGCGGCGGCGGUUGACGACAGUGCCAGUGAGAAGAGAACAGUUGGAGAACUCAAAGCCGGUUGAUCAGCAGCGAUGGCCUGCAAAAAACCGGCAGCCGGAUCCUCUGACAAGGAAUUUGGACUGUGGUAAUGAGAAGAAGAUCGGCAUGGGAUCCCCCCAAUCAGCGAUCCGGGCCACAUUGCAGCAGUCAGUGGUUGACGACGGGAGGCGGGUUUCAUUUGAUGGGCGGAUACGUUCGGAUUUGUGCAAUUCUGAUCUGGAUAAUGGGUCCGCUGUUGCUUGUGAUCUAACUGCGUCGGAUACAGAUAGUGUUUCUUCUGGUAGCAAUUCGGGACUACAUGAAUUCAGUGCUACGACACGUGGGCGGGCCACGCCUCGCGGCAUCAGCAUCCCUGCACGGUUCUUGCAGGAGGCAAAUGCUCAGCUGCGACGCUCACAGGAGCCUGGCUCACCGUUGUCGAGGGCAAUUUCUCAACCGAAGCUAAUUCCAUCAAAGAGGGCGGUAACAGAUAGCCCGAUCAUGUCUCCUCGUAUGACAAGCCAGACACAAUCGUCACCUCUCCGUGGGCCCGUACGGGCCCCGUCCCCAAGUAAGCUUCUCUUGUCAUCGCCAUCGACAUUGGUGUCUUCUCCGUCGAGGGGAAUGCCGAGCCCAUCAUGGAUGAGAAAUUCAUCUGUGAGUAGUCAGCCAAGCAGUAACACGCUUUCGAUUCUCAGCUUUGCUGCUGACAUACGGAGAGCAAAGAUGGGGGAGAACCGGAUUGAAGAUGCUCAUCUAUUGAGGCUGUCGUAUAACAGGAACUUGCAAUGGCGAUUUGUAAAUGCGAGGGCAGAUGCUGCCAUUUUGGUGCAAAGACUGACAGCGGAGAAAAAUCUGUAUAAUGCGUGGGAAACUACCUCAGGACUACGUGAUUCUGUCACAGCUAAAAGGAUCCAGCUACAACUUCUGAGGCAAAAUUCAAAGCUAUCUGCCAUCCUUGAGCGACAACUGUCCUAUUUGGAGGAGUGGGCUGUUCUGGACAGAGACCAUUCCAGUUCCUUAUCAGGAGCAAUUGAAGCUUUGAAAGCAAGCACACUUCGCCUUCCAGUCAUUGGUGGAGCAAGGGCAGACAUCCGAAGAAUGAAGGACGCUGUUUGUUCAGCCGUUGAUGUGAUGCAAGCAAUGGGAUCCUCAAUAUGUUCUUUAGUGUCUAAGCUAGAAGGGAUGAGUUCCUUGGUGGCUGAACUCACUAAUGUGGUCACACAAGAGCAAGCGCUGCUAGCUCAAUGCAAACAUCUGCUGUCGACAAUAGCGGCUAUGCAGGUAGAAGAGUGCAGUCUAAGAACACAUCUACUACAACUAAGACGGAGAUCAAACCUGACCCAAGCCUAAAUGGAUCUAGGAUUCCCAUCUCUAAAUGCUAACAUGGCAGCAUCGAAAACUCACUUUCUAACUGAAGAAGAUGCACUGGUGGUAAUAAGGAAGCACGGUCGGUUCUGGGGUGCAAAGCAGAGCGCUGAUUUUGGCCCUUUGGAAAUUGCGAGGGCCCCACUGUAUCAUGUAUUUUUGUAUGCAUAGAUUACAGGAAUGGCCUUUUUGCUCCCUCUUCAAGAGUUCUUUCUACUGGCUGGGUAGUUUUCAUAAGAAGUGCCAAGGUGACACAUGGAGAGGAAUUGAAGAGGCGAACUUGGCAUGAGGGAAGGAUCUGGGCCACUCAUAAAUGUGCCCUUGUCCAAGAUCAGGCAGAUCCAUGUGUCAGGUGGGCCACAAUUGCAUGAGAAAAAUGAAUGGUUAGAAAAAAUUACCCAACAUUCAGUGUAUCAGUGUCGCCAAAUAGAUGAGGUGGGCCUUGAAUUUUAGUCCAGAGAAUGUUCACAGUGCAUCUGGUGGGUAAUGUACCACCACACAUGUUCCACAUUGGCACAUGCGCCACAAAUGGCCUGUUCAAUCUAUUCUUGUGUUAAAGAGUGUUAAAGAGUCCCUCGGAAUUUCUCUCUCCACCUCUACAGGUGAAAGAAAAGCUGGUGUAUAUAACAUGAUGUUUUUCAAUUUUCUUUCCUUUUUGGUCAGUUAUUGGCAAGAUUGGGAAGUUGGGCUGGGCA